GGAAUAGAAGAAAAAAAAUCCGUGACCCGGAAGUACUUCUUUAUUCUUGCGUGCUUCACAGCGGUUUGAACAACAAUAACAACCAUUCGAAGGAAACGACAGAGGAAGACAGCUGGGUCCAUGGAGUCCUCUGAUGAAGAGGCGCUGCGCACCUUCGUCCAGGUGGUCAGUGAGAAGUACAACCCAGAGAAUUUCCCAUACUGCCGUGGGAACGGCAUGGGCGUCGUAGUGCUUUCCAGUCCACAGGGGUCGCCCAUUAAAGAUCGUCUGAAUCUGCCGAGUGUGCUGGUCCUGGACGGCUGUGGCAUCAGUAAAGCUGGGGACGAAGCUGAGGUGGCCACCUUUUGUGCCCAUGUGGUGGAGCUGGACCUGUCCCACAACCAGCUACAAGACUGGGGGGAGAUCUGCACGAUUGUGUCUAACAUCCCCAACCUGGACUUCCUUAACCUGAGUAUGAACCCUCUGAGUGGGAUUGAGCUGGAGCCAGGCCUGGCUGAGGUGUUCUUCCGAGUCCGCCGCCUGGUUCUCAUCAACACCCGUGUCACUUGGGACACGGUACACACACUCACACGCCAGACCCCUGAGUUAGAGGAGCUCUUCCUUUGUCUGAACGAAUACGACCAAGUGGCCGAAUCCCCGGUUCCCUGCCCCUCCCUGCGCCUGCUUCAGAUCACAGACAACCAGCUACAGGAGUGGGACGAGGUGCGUAAGUUUGGGCCCAUGUACCCGGGCCUGCAAAACCUGGUGUUGUCCAACAACAAACUGGGCUCUGUGGAGGAGGACACACCUCAGGACACACUGCAGCGCCUGUUUCCUAACCUGCGCAGCAUCAACCUCAACAACUCAGGGCUGAACCGAUGGGAGGACAUAGAAAGGCUGAAUUUCUUCCCUAAGCUGGAGGAGGUGAGGCUGAUGGGGCUUCCCUUACUGCAGCCCUACACAAACAAAGAGAGACGCAGCCUCACCGUGGCACAGUUGCCGUCUGUGUCUGUGUUGAACGGGAGUGUGGUGACGGAAGGGGAGAGAGAAGACGCUGAGAGGUUCUUCAUCAGACACUACCUGGACUUUCCUGAAGAGACGCUGCCUCAUAGGUACCAUGUCCUGGUGUCCAAGUACGGACGGCUUGCCCCGCUGGCCGAGGUGGACUUGCGUCCGCGCUGCAUGGCCACGCUGGAGGUGCGCUGGGGCGAGCGGACGGAGACUCUGAGCUUGCGGUUGGAGCAGACAGUCGGGGAGCUCAAGAAGGAGCUCAGGGCCCUGGUGGACCUGCCAGCCAACGGCAUGCGGCUGUACUACAUCGCCCGCGAGCUAGGCUCCGCGCUGGGACCUGAGGAGAUGAAGUACGGCAGUCGGGCACUCCACUCGUACAUGCUCCAAGACGGGGAUGAGAUCCUGGUGGUGCCCAAGACUAAGAGACGCACCAUCUCGUCCACCUCCUUGGAAAUGAUCAGACCAGGCACUCCAGUCAUUCUCUUCCACCUCUUCAGCUUCUUUUCUCAGAGAGAAGCUCUUUCUCAGGAGAUCAUGUACCCCUAUGGGCGUACCUACCGAGAUCUGGAGACACCCAAGAUGGAUGAUGGGAGUUCCACUGAAAAAAUAAUACUCAUGCCAUUCAUUUUUUUCAAUAACACCUACCGCUCCAUCUAUGUCAACAACGGUGUGAUCUCCUUCGACGUGCAGGUGAGCCAGUUCACCCCCGAGGCCUUCCCCCUGAGUGACAGCAGAUCCUUCAUCGCCCCACUAUGGGCAGACGUGCACAACGGCAUCCGCGGAGACGUGUACUACCGUGAGAGCACAGACCCAGAGCUACUGGAGCGGGCCACACAAGACAUCCGCAAGUACUUUAAGAACAUGCCCACCUUCACAGCCACCUGGAUCUUCGUCGCAACCUGGCACCAGGUCACCUUCUACGGAGGCAGUCAGACCACCCCGGUGAACACAUUUCAGGCUGUGUUGAUAUCGGACGGUCUGUCAUGCUUUUCCAUGUUCAACUAUGGAGAGAUCAACUGGAGCACAGGCACAGCCAGUGGCGGAGACCCUCUGACUGGUUUGGGUGGUAGCACAGCACAGUCAGGUUUUAAUGGAGGAGAAAUCGGUAACUUCCUCAACCUGCCUGGGUCCCGUUCCAAUGCUGUGGUUGAAAUCGAGAGGACGACCAAUGGCACCUGCUCCUACCUGUUAGCUCGGCCCUGCUGGGAGGUGGCUGGCCUGCAGUUCUUCAGCGUGGAGGCCAAGAACGAGAACCGCGGCGUGGCCUCUGUGUCCUGGCUGAGAGAUGUCACUGUGGAGGUGUACGACCACAGAGUCACCCUGCCUAAGGGCAGCCAGGGCACAAUACAGGUGGAUGGACUGAUAAAGACACUGCCAGUCCAACUCCAGCUAGGCGCAGUCAGGGUGUACCAGUCGGGCAUGGCCGUCGCCCUGGAGACCGACUUCGGCCUCCUGGUGACCUACGAUGGGCAGCACUACGCCUCCAUUUCCCUGCCCAGCUCCUACUUCAACAACACAUGCGGCCUGUGCGGUAACUAUAACGACGAUCCUGCCGACGACCCUGUGCUGCCCGACGGCUCGCUGGCCGAGAGCGUAGUGGCGCUGGGUGGCAGCUGGCGGGCGGAGGACGCUGACUGGCGCUGCGCAGACGGCUGUGCCCAGAACUGCAGUGUCUGUGAACCAUUGACCGAGGCGUUCUACUUCCGUCCGGACUACUGUGGAAUCAUCAACAAGACGGACGGGCCUUUCAGGGACUGCAGGGCAGUGGUGGACCCAACGGCCUUUGUCUACAGUUGUGUCUACGACAUGUGCAGCAACAAGGACAACAUUACCACCCUCUGUCAGGCCAUUCAGGCCUACGCCUUAGCCUGCCAAGCCCUGGGGGUCACCAUACGAACCUGGAGGUCACACACCUUCUGUGCCCUGAAAUGCCCUGAGUCCAGCCACUACCAGGUGUGCACCAGUGCCUGCGCCGCCUCAUGCUCGGACCUCACCUCCCACCUGUACUGCACCCACCCUUGCACAGAGGGCUGCCAGUGCAACCCGGGAUACGUGCUGAGUGGCAACCGUUGCGUCCAGCACCAGGACUGUGGCUGCGAGCGUGAAGGACUCUACUACCCUCUCAACGACACUUUCUGGGCGGGCCCUGCCGGCGAGGGUGGAGAGUGCACCCUGCGCUGCGUCUGUGGACCCAACGGCGAAGUCUCCUGCUUCAACGAUUCAUGUAGAGAAGGCGAGGUGUGUGUGACAGAGUUCGGCCUGUUGGGCUGUUACCCCCGCAGGGAGGGGGUGUGUUCUCUGAGCCAGAAUGUCGUGACAGCCUCUUUCGACGGGAACUCCAUGCCCUUCCCGGAUGACAGCUCCUACUACCUGCUGAGGUCGUGUGGGCCAACGCCGGCCAACGUGUCUGCUGUGGAAGUAAAGAUGGGCCGGCGGCUGGUAAACAAGGGUCCGUACUGGAUGCGGCCCGUGGUGGUCAGGGUGGCCAACCUGGAGGCCCAGAUGGGUGGAUCGGACUUUGACACAGUGAAGCUCAACGGUGAGCUGGUACUACUGCCUUAUGUCCACCCACUGGAGACCCUUAUGAUCUACCGCGCCCCUGGCAACGCUACUGUGGUGGAAUCCAGCGGAUUGGUCCUAGUCCGCUACACCCGUCAGGGUCUCCUCAACAUCUCUCUCUCUACCCUCUUUUACAACGCCACCUGCGGCCUGUGCGGUCUCUUCAACGGAAACGCCAGCGACGAUCUCCGUCUGCCUAACGGCCGGCUGGCCGAAUCCCUCGAACUCUUCACUGACGGCUGGCGGGCCAUCGCUGACGACCUGACGUGCAAUGGCAAUUGCGACAACCUGUACCGCAUGUGCACGGACCUGCGGCUCUACCAGAGCCCGUGGAUGUGUGGCAACAUCAACGACCUGGGGAACAGCUCCUUCCUGGCGUGCCAUGGUGCCGUCAACCCCUCGCCGUUCUUCCGGAACUGCCUGUACAACAUGUGCGUGCGGGAGGGAAACCGCUCGGUGCUCUGCUCUUCGCUGCAGGCGUAUGCCUCGGCCUGUCAGGAUGCCCAGGUGGGCCUUGCUGCCUGGAGGAGUGCUACCAAUUGCCCCUUGCCCUGUCCGGAGAACAGCUAUUUCGAUGAGUGCACCAGCGCUUGCCCGCUGACCUGCCCCGGCCUGGACGAGCCCGCCGAGCUGUGCCCACUGCCCUGUCAGGAGGGCUGCCAGUGCAGGGAGGGCUUUGCACUCCACAAUGGCCAGUGCGUGGCGCGCAGCGACUGCGGCUGCAUCAGCUCUGGGGGCCGGCAGCUGGCCACCAACCAGAUCUUCUGGAAUGACUGGGAGUGCCAGGAGCGCUGCUACUGCAACGGCUCGGACAACAGCGUCUACUGCACGCUGGCACCGUGCCGGGAGGGUGAGUACUGCCAGGAGGGCUUUGAGGGCCUCUACUUCUGCCAGGCGCGCACCGAAGCGCUGUGCGUUGCCGCUGGUUACAGCCACUUUCUGCCAUUCGGAGGUGUGCCCUUCGAGCUGCAGAGUAGCUGUACCUUGAUCCUGGCAACAACGAGGUGCAACGGCGGAGUGGCGGGAGAGGAGGAUAUGGACCAGAGCACCGCCACCCGACCCAGGACGAGCACCAGCGCCGACCUCCCUCGCUUCAAGCUGUCAGCCCGGAACGAGGAGAGGGACACGGGAAACUAUGGAACGUCUGUACCUGCCUUUGGAGCUGGGGCCGGGGAAGGUCCACAUCUUCACUUUCAGCUGGUGGUGGAGACGGACUUUGGCCUGAAAGUUGCCUUCGACUGGAACACCCUGCUCCUGCUCACGCUGCCUCGACGCCUCUACAAAGCCACCUGCGGCCUGUGCCAGGGCAUGCCACUUUCCUCUCCACCCGCACUCACCACCAGCAACUGGGGCACGGCCUGGGCUGAGCAAGACACAUUCUGCCAGGUGGGCUGUGGCGACUCGUGCCCACGUUGUGGGUUGGUCGAGAGAGGCUUUGGUGCCAUCGAUGCCCCUUUACUCGUCACGGACGCUUACGUGGAAGGCGUGGCCCAAGAUGGUGAGGGAGGAGGAAUCAAUGUUGAUGGCGGGGGUUACACAGGAAUCCGAUUCCACCUGGGCGAGGGGCUAUACUUGUUUGUGGAGCCCGAGGCAGUGCGUCUGUGCGGGUUGAUCGUGGACCGCGGCGGUGUGUUUGCGCGCUGCCACAGCAAGGUGGCACCGGCGUUCUUCUACCAGAACUGCCUGCAGGACACAUGCCUGGACCAGGGUGCCUCGGGGACCAUUUGCAACUGGCUGCAGAUCUACACCAGCACAUGCCAGACCCAGGGAGUGCGUGUGUUAGGCUGGAGGAGUGACACACCCUGUGUGCUGACGUGCCCAGCCAACAGCCACUACUCUAGCUGCAUGUCAGUGUGCCAACCGCAGUGCGCCCCAGCCCGCGGCCAGAGGGAGUGCACCCAAGACUGUGUGGAGGGCUGCCAGUGUGACCAGGGAUACUUCCUCAAUGGCAAGGGUUGCAUCCGGCCCCAGAACUGUGGCUGCUACAACGACGGCAAGUACUAUGAGCCAAAACAGCUGUUCUGGAACAGUGAUUGCACCAAGCGCUGCCAGUGCAUCGGCCGUAAUCUCAUCCAGUGUGACCCGCGCCGCUGCAAGGCCGAGGAGGAGUGCGCCCUGCGCCAUGGCGUGCGCGGCUGCUUCACCCAGCGCUCGCAGCACUGCGUGGCGUCCGGUGGCGGUGUCUUCAGGACCUUUGACGGGGCGUCCCUCCGCCUGCCUGCCUCCUGCUCCUUCGUGCUGUCCACCAACUGCCACAAGCUACCUGACCUCUCCUUUCAGCUCAUCGCAAACUUCGACAAGUGGAGCACGCCCAACCUCACCACCAUCUCCCAUGCAUACCUCUAUAUUAACGAGGAGAAUAUCCUGAUCUCUGGGAGCACCGUGAAGGUGAACGGCACUCCUGUGUCGUUGCCUUUUGUCACGGGCCUGAUGACGCGCGUCUCCACAUCGGAGGGCUUCCUGGUCAUCGACACGCCGCAGGACAUCCAGGUGCGGUACAACCGCUUCAACACGCUCAGCAUCACUAUGGGCCAGCGGCUGCAAAACAAGGUGUGCGGCCUUUGCGGCAACUUCAACGGAGACCCCACUGACGACUACAUCACCUCCCAUGGGAAGCCGGCCAUCAGCGCCCUGGAGCUGGCCCAGAGCUGGAAGACCAAUGGCAUGCAGAACAGCUGUGAUGAGACCCAGUACAUGGCGCUGGCCCAGUCGUGUGAGAACACAGCUGUGUUGGGCCUCCAGGGCGAGGAGGGGUGCCAGAAGCUCACCCAGAUGAAGGGCUUCUUCCAGCCCUGCCACGGCCUGCUGGACCCCAGGCCCUUCUACCAGUCCUGCUACCUGGACGGUUGCUACAACCACCACAAGGCCCAGGUGUGCGGCUCGCUGGCUGCCUACGCCGAGGCCUGCCGCUCCCUAGGCACGCUCACCACCAAGUGGAUUGCCCAGGAGAAUUGUUCAGAAUGGAUCUACGACCCUUGUGCAGGAGAGAUCUGCACCAACAACACGUGUGAGCAGGAGAACGGGGGAGACCUGUGUGGCUGCCCUGAGCUGCCCAACAACGCUGGUGGCGAGGAUGACAUAAUCCAGGCGGAGGUGACAUGUAAGCACGCCCAGAUGGAGGUGUCCAUCUCCAAGUGUAAGCUCUUCCAGCUGGGCUUCGAGCGUGAGGACGUGAGGAUCAACGACCAGUACUGCCCCGGCAUUGAGGGAGAGGACUUCAUCUCCUUUCACAUCAACAACACCAAGGGCCAUUGCGGCUCCAUUGUACAGUCCAACGGCACACACAUCAUGUACAAGAACACGGUGUGGAUCGAGAGUGUGAACACAGGCAACAUCAUCACCAGGGACAAGACAAUCAACGUGGAGUUUACCUGCGCCUACGAGCUAGACAUCAAGAUAUCCUUGGAGACUGUGCUCAAGCCCAUGCUCAGUGUUAUCAACCUCACUCUCCCCACCCAGGAAGGAAACUUCAUCACUAAGAUGGCGCUGUACAAGAACUCCUCGUACCGCCAGCCGUACCGCGAGGGCGAGGUGGUCCUGAGCACACGGGACGUCAUCUUUGUGGGGGUGUUUGUGGAGGGGGCCGACGAGGACCAGCUCAUCCUCAUUGUCAAUAUGUGCUGGGCCACGCCGUCCCGCUACAGCAACGACCACCUCCGCUACGUCCUCAUAGAGAGAGGUUGUCCCAACGUCAAGGACAACACCAUCAGCAUGGCUGAGAACGGGGUGUCCCUCACCUGUCGCUUCCACGUCACCGUCUUCAAGUUCAUCGGGGACUACAGUGAGGUCCACCUCCACUGUGACGUGUCACUGUGUGACCACGAGACCAAUGCAUGCAAAGUGAACUGUCCCCACAACAGGAGAAUGUACUCAGACUACAGCGAUCACAAGGAGCAGAUCCUCACUGUAGGACCCAUCAGAAGGCGAGAGUCGGACUGGUGUGAGGUGGGUAACGGAGGCUGUGAGCAGAUCUGCACCAGUAAAGGGAUGGGAGCUAUGUGUAGCUGUGUGACUGGGGUGCUGCAGAGGGACGGCAAGAGCUGUCGAGCUGUCAGCUCCAGCGUUGACCUUCGACCCCUUGUUUUUCCUCUGGCUCUUAGCACCGUGGUCUCCGUGCUCCUCACUCACACACACAAUUCCCUCUUCUCCUAACCCUGGGCGGACAGUCAGAGAGAGAGAGAGAGGAGGGAGGGAGAGAGAGACAGAUAAAGAGAAGAGGAGAGCAGUAUAACACGAAAAAACAGCAAACCAGAGGAGAGCAGACAUCUACACGUCCUACUUACUGUCACAGAGACUUCCACAGCAACCAAUCACAGAGCAGAGAAGCACUUCCCACCCGUUGCACUAAACAAAAACAACAACAAUUCACAAGACUGGGGCACUGGAUCACAAUGGAAAAAGCCCUCCAAAAGAGUCUCUCUAUUCACGUAUACUUUAGCUAGACAGCAAAAAGUCGGUAUAUUUCAUUUAACAAACAGCAUAGUGAGUUAGUACUAGAUACAGUGUUUUUUUAAUGAGAGGUGAGGGCAUAGUUUGCCCUACAUUUAUCUUUGAUAGCAAAGCUUGGUUGCUAAAACGUUUUUAAAAUAAUUGUAUCAUUAUUUAUGUGUGAAGUCAGAGGCUGUGUAUGUGAAGCGAUUACCUGUUCCCUUCUCAAACCCUAAUCCCCUACUCUGAAACUACAGUAUGAGUCUCAGUAACAUACAAAGUAAUGCUCUGGUGCAGUGGUUCCCAAACUUUUUAUAGUCCCGUACCCCUUCAAACAUUCAACCUCUAGCACCAAGUUCAGCACACUCUCAAAUGUUGUUUUUUGCCAUCAUUGUAAGCCUGCCACACACACAUUAUAUGAUACAUUUAUUAAACAUAAGAAUGAGUGUGAGUUUUUGUCACAACCCGGCUUGUGGGAAGUGACAAAGAGCUCUGAUAGGACUAUGGCACAAAUAAUAAUAUAAUAAAAAUCAAUAAUUUUGCUCUUUAUUUAGCCAUAAAUUAUAAAACUUUAUUUGUUCAUCAAAAAUGUUGAAUAACUCACCACAGGUUAAUGAGCACGGUAUGCUUGAAAGGAUGCACAUAACUCUGCAAUGUUGGGUUGCAUUGGAGAGAGUCUCAGCCUUUAAUAAUUUUCCACACACAGUCUGUGCCUGUAUUUAGUUUUCAUGCUAGUGAGGGCCGAGAAUCCACUCUCACAUAGGUACAUGGUUGCAAAGGGCAUCAGUGUCUUACCAGUGCGAUUUGCCAAGGCAGGAUACUCUGAGCGCAGCCCAAUCCAGAAAUCUGGCAGUGGCUUCUAAUUUAAAUUCAAUUUUCACAGAACCGCUUGUUGCAAUUUCGAUGAGGCUCUCUUGUUCAGAUAUCGGCAGGUGCACUGGAAGCAGGGCAUGAAAGGCAUAACGAAUCCAGUUGUUUGUGUCAUCCGUUUUGGGAAAGUACCUGCAUAACUGCGUGCCCAACUCACUCAGGUGCUUCGCUAUAUCAUAUUUGACAAUGUCCGUAAGCUUGAGUUCAUUUGCACACAAAAAAUCAUACAAUGAUGGAAAGACCUGUGUGUUGUCCUUGUUAAUGCAGACAGAGAAGAGCUCCAACUUCUUAAUCAUAGACUCAAUUUUGUCCUGCACAUUGAAUAUAGUUGCGGAGAGUCCCUGUAAUCCUAGAUUCAGAUCAUUCAGGCGAGAAAAAACAUCACCCAGAUAGGCCAGUCAUGUAAGAAACUCGUCAUCAUUCAAGCGGUCAGACAAGUGAAAAUUCAAAAAAACUUGUCAAUACAUUGCCCCUUGAUAACCAGCACAUUUCUGUAUGUUGUAAAAGCGUUACAUGGUUGCUGCCCAUAUCAUUGCAUAGUGCAGAAAAUACACGAGAGUUCAGAGGCCUUGCUUUAACAAAGUUAACAAUUUUCACUGUAGUGUCCAAAACGUCUUUCAAGCUGUCAGGCAUUCCCUUUGCACCAAGAGCCUCUCGUUGGAUGCUGCAGUGUACCCAAGUGGCGUCGGGAGCAACUGCUUGCACACAAGUUACCACUCCACUAUGUUUCCCUGUCAUGGCGUUUGUGCCAUCAGUACAGAUACGAACACAUCUUGACCACCAAAGUCCAUUUGAUGUCACAAAGCUGUCCAUAUAUCCUCUACUGUUGUCCUGGUUUCCAGUGGUUUGCGGAAGAGGAUGUCUUCCUUAAUUGACCCCCCAUAAACGUAACAGACAUAUACCAGGUGCUAUGCCAGGCCCGCCAUGUCUGUUGACUCAUCCAGCUGUAAUGCAUAGAAUUCACUGGCUUGUAUGCGAAGCAGUAAUUGUUUCAAAACAUCUCCUGUCAUGUCACUGAUGCGUCAUGAAAUGGUGUUGUUUGAUGAAGGCAUUGUCUGUAUAGUUUUUUUGGCCUUUUCCCCCAGCAUUGUCCCAGCCAUGUCCAUGGCAGCAGGAAUAAUUAAGUCCUCCACAAUAGUAUGGGGCUUGCUUGUACUAGCCACUCGGUAGCUCACCAUAUAAGACGCUUCUAGCCCCUUCUUAUUAAUGGUAUCUGUUGCUUUAUACAUGUCUUACUACUCGAAAAUCGUCUUUGUUCUCGCUCAAAAAACUCCUGUGGCUUAUUUUUCAAAUUGUCAUGCUUAGUUUCUAAAUGUCUACGCAAGAGGGAAGGUUUCCCGCGAGAGAGUAACGGUUAAUGUGAUUGGAUGUUAAUUAUUUGAUUAGGCUACCUGUAUUUUACAUUGUGUUGUUAUUUCGCUGAACACGAGAUGGUUUAAUAUUCUUUUUGGCAGUAAAUCAAGGCUACUCAGAUGAGAAAAAAAACUCACUCAAAUGUAUAGCCCCGUUGGAAAAUAUAAAUGUACUGUUUGAAAAUGUGAAGAUUUUUUUUAUUUUUAAUGUGAAUCACAUUUUUAUUUGGCGUACCCCCGACGUCAAUGCGCGUACCCCUGUACGCUCACCCUAGUUUGGGAAUAACUGCUGUGGUGGAUGUGUCUUGAAUACCAAAGUGUUUGGUCAUGUCCCACUGACAUUUUACAUGCCUACUUCAUGGCACAUGUGCCAGUCUCAAUCAGAAACAGUUCUAAAAUAACUUAUGUUUCAAAUGAUGCUUUCAGACACAUUUGAUUGAAAGAAUAAUAAUAUUGUGAAGGUUAAAUUCAUUCUCAAAAAUGUAUUUUGGUUAAAAAAAGUCACAACAUUAAUUUUAUAAAGACCGAUGUAGAACUGUCCAGACCGAUAUCAGUAUGAGCUAAAUAUCAAAGUGACCUGGGUCAAAUUAAAAAUAUAUAUAUUUUUAUUUUACCUUUAUUUAACUAGGCAAGUCAGUUAAGAACAAAUUCUUAUUUUCAAAUUAUCGUAUCUUCAAAUGUGCCUACCUAUGCUGUUCUCAGCAAGUGAACAGGUGAUGUUUUUGUACAAUGAAUGACACAGAAGGAACCUCACCCCACUCCAUAUAGCUAGCAAUAACAAUUUCCUUUUAGAAAAUAUCAGAGUAUUUCAUAACCUUUUCAUUAUGUACAAAUGCACAUAUUGUUAAUACAGGCUUUUUAAAGUAUAUUGUAUGAAUUUCAAAUGGCCUUUAAAUGUUGAGUUUGGAUAAUUAAGCAACCCAAAAAGGCAGCAAGACAAGAGAGGCAACCAUCCCAUUUUAGAGAAGCAGUACCAUUUCCAGAAUAAAAUAAAUGGUUCUCAUAA